AAGCAAAGCGGGUCGAAGUUUCUGGCUGGGGCAAAGGUGCGGGAAAGAUUUGAGGCUCCCUGCUUUCCGCGGCGGUGAAUUCGGGGGUGCCGUCUCCUCCGGCUUGCAAAAACGCGGACGACCACGAGGCGGCAAGGAAGCUUUGGCGUUUUUACUGCUCCUUUUUGCUCACUUCUCGGGAUUAUUUAUUCGCAGACCGACCGGGUAGCCCUCUGGGAAAGGUGGAAGCCCAGGUGAGGGUGGAGCUGGGGAAAAAAAAAAAAGCUGCUCUAAAGCUGCGCGUAUCGGAUUCCAUUGUGGGCACCGUAGGCUGGCAUGGACGCCGAGGUUUUCAAGGGCCUAUAGGCGGUGCGGGGCUGGCGAAGCUAGAGGCAAAAACAAUUUUGAUCUUUACCACACCGGCGCCAGAGGAAAUCGAAAUGACCACGACGUGGCGUUCACACGGGACUCGGGAAUUUGAGGAAAAAAACGGGAUCUCCUCGCCCAGAGGAUGAGUCAUAGACUUGAUAAACUGGGUUUUGUGGAAUAGCCAGUGUUAUAAAACGGGCUGCGUGGUACAUAGGGACAAGGAAAAAGAACAGUGCUAAAAUGUUAAAAGCAGUUUUGAAAAAAAGCAGAGAUGGUGGAAAGGCAAACAAGAAGGAAUCUGGUGAUUCAUGUUCAGAAAAUGUACCGCAGAUCAUAUCCACAUCUGGCCACAGUGCAGAUUGUCAAAGUGGCAUCCAACCUCUAUCUGAAGAUGUCUACAGAAUGAAUUUGGCCAAAGGAGUUUCAGUCUCCUUGCCAUCAUCACCUUUGUUGCCUCGUCAUGCUUAUUUGAUGCAGACAAGAGUAAGCAAAAAAUCUCCAGGUCCGGUUAGGAAGCCCAAGUAUGUGGAAAGUCCUCGCAUACCUGCAGAUACAGUUGUCGUUCCAAUGAGAAAAGUGUUGGAGCCAACAGAACCUAACCAGAAUGAAGCAAAGUCAGAGAAGGAAUCAAGCUGUUCACCAGCAGCUCAGGAACUGAUGACAAGGCUUGGGUUUUUACUGGGAGAAGGGCUUCCAGCUUCUGCCCAUAUCUCCCCAGAAGAAAAACAUGAAACUAUGUGCACAGUAGCUAGUCAAGGAGUCAGUCCUUGUUCUACACUAACAAGCAGCACUACGUCGCCUAGCACCGAUAGUCCCUGCUCUACUCUGAAUAGCUGUGCUGACAAAACAGCGGCCAACAAAAGUAGUCCCUGUGGGACCAUUAGCAGCCCAAGCUCCACGUUGGAAAGCAAGGACAGUGGAAUUAUAGGGACAGUAACAAGUUCAUCUGAAAAUGACGACCGGAGUGGAUCAAGUUUAGAAUGGUCUAAAGAAGGAAAUCUCAGAACUGGUGUACACCAAGGAAUUAUUGACAGAAGGACAGAUAAUUGUUCACCAGUUGCAGAAGAGGAGACAACAGGUUCCUCAGAAAGUUUGUCAAAAGUGGAAGCAUCUUCUGGAGAUGGCCCCAUUACUUACAUUCAAAACUGUGGCUCGUUAGGAAUGCCUCGACCCAAUUCUGUUGCAGCAACAAGUUCCACAAAGCUUGAAGACCUGAGCUAUUUGGAUGGACAGAGGAAUACUCCUUUGCGGACCUCAAUUCGCUUACCUUGGCACAGCACUGCUGGAGGGAGAGUUCAGCAAGAAAUAAAAGCACGUUUUGUUCCAUAUAAGCCUCAAGAUAUUUUGCUAAAGCCAUUAUUGUUUGAAGUGCCAAGCAUAACAACAGACUCUGUGUUUGUCGGAAGAGACUGGCUGUUUCAAACAAUACAAGAAAAGUUGAAGAAUCCCAAGCAGACAGAGACGAGGGGAGCUGUUGUGAUUGGAAAUGUGGGAUUUGGAAAGACGGCUAUUAUUUCCAAGCUCGUGGCACUGAGCUGCCAUGGAGGUCGCAUGCGGCAAAUUGCUUCCACCAGCUCUGCUUCUCCCAAAACCAAUGAUCCUUGUCAGGAGAUUCCUCUCAGCCAGCUCCCCCCGUCUCUGGUUCCUUCAGCUGGUACCAGUCCAGCCAAAACCUCAGCUGGUCCUCCUGCUCAGGAACAUCAAAACCAAAUGGAUGAAUCAGUUAAACGCCUUGCAUCCAAGGUCGUUGCCUAUCACUACUGCCAAGCUGACAACACUUACACAUGCCUUGUCCCAGAAUUUGUGCAUAGUAUCGCAGCUCUACUUUGCCGGUCACCUCAGUUAACAGCAUACAGAGAACUUUUGAUAAAGGAACCACACCUACAAAGUAUGCUUAGCCUUAGGUCCUGUGUUCAAGAUCCUGUGGCAGCAUUCAGAAGAGGCGUAUUGGAACCACUGGUGAAUCUUAGGAGAGAACAGAAAAUUUCAGAAGAAGAAUGCAUCAUUUUAAUAGAUGGCUUAAAUGAAGCUGAAUUUCAUAAACCUGAUUAUGGGGAUACAGUUUCUUCAUUCAUCACAAAUAUUAUUUCUAAAUUUCCACCAUGGCUAAAACUGAUCGUGACCAUAAGAACAAACUUUCAGGAAAUAACCAGCUCACAUCCUUUCUUCACAAUCUCCCUGGAUGAUUUUUCAGACAACAAAGAAAUACAGUCUGAUUUAAAUGCAUAUAUUCAGUACAGGAUCAAUGCCAGCCAGGAUAUAGUAAACAAUAUUUCCCUCAAUGGAAAAAUUGAUGCCAUGACUAUUGGGAAAGUGAGCAACCACUUGAUCUUGAGGAGCAUGGGAUCUUAUCUCUAUUUGAAGUUGACACUAGAUCUCUUCCAGAAGGGUCACCUAGUGAUUAAAAGUGCAAGUUACAAAGUAGUUCCAGUAUCUCUUUCUGAGCUUUAUUUGCUUCAGUGUAACAUGAAAUUCAUGACAAAUUCAGCCUUCGAAAGAGCUCUCCCAGUGCUAAAUGUGGCUCUAGCGUCUCUUCACCCAAUGACAGAUGACCAGAUCUUCCAAGCAAUUAAUGCUGGCCAGAUACAUGGCGAACAGGAGUGGGAAGAGUUCUCGCAGAGGAUGGAGGCCCUUUCAGGCUUUCUGAUAAAAAGACGUGACAAAACACGGAUGUUCUGCCAUCCUUCCUUCAGGGAGUGGCUUGUUUGGAGAGCAGAUGGGGAAAGCACUGACUUUUUGUGUGAGCCAAGGAAUGGACAUGCUCUUCUUGCAUUCCUCUUUUCACGUCAGGAAGGCAAACUUAACCGUCAGCAAACAAUGGAACUCGGGCAUCACAUUCUUAAAGCGCACAUUUUUAAGGGACUGAGUAGAAAAAUGGGCAUUUCUUCCAGUCACCUUCAGGCCCUGUGGAUUGGCUACAGCACUGAUAGUUUGUCAGCAGCACUUGCAUCUUUGAGAAAUCUCUACACACCAAAUGUAAAGGUGAGUCGUCUGCUGAUUCUGGGUGGUGCAAAUGUAAAUUACAGGACAGAAGUCCUCAACAAUGCCCCAAUAUUGUGCGUGCAAUCUCACCUUGGGCAUGAAGAAAUGGUCCUCCUCCUCCUAGAAUUUGGGGCUUUGAUUGAUGGAGCAUCUGAAAAUGGGAUGACUUCACUUUGCUGUGCAGCAGCUGCAGGCCAUAUGCACAUAGUUUCACUUCUUAGCAAAAGAGGAGCAAAGAUUGAUCACUUGGACAAAAAGGGACAAUGCGCUUUGGUUCAUAGUGCUCUAAGAGGUCACUCUGAUAUUCUCGAAUACAUGCUCAGCAUAGAUUGGCAAACUUCGUCUCACCAGCAAAGCUCCCUGUCAAAGAAGCAGGCUCUUCAGCAGGCCCUGACUGCCUCUUCAAGCAUGGGACAUGGCCAGGUCAUUCGCUUUUUGAUAAGAAUUGACAAGGAACCUAAAAUUGACAUCAAUGAAACAGAUACUUUAUGGGGAGAAACAGCAUUGACUGCUGCUGCUGGGAGAGGAAAACUGGAAGCAUGUGAGCUGUUACUUGAACACGGGGCUCUAGUUACAAGACCUAAUAAGAGAGGGAUACCUCCGCUUUUCUGUGCCGUGCGUCAGGGGCACUGGCAGAUAGCAAAGCUUCUAUUGGAACAUGGUGCUGAUAUAAAUUUAAGUGACAGGCAAAGUAGAACACCACUCAUGGUGGCAUCUUGUGAAGGACAUCUGAGCACUGUUGAAUUUCUAGUCUCUAAAGGUGCUGAUAUUUCAUUAGUGGACAAGGAAGGCCUGACAGCGUUAAGCUGGGCUUGCCUCAAAGGACAUAAGAGUGUGGUCCAAUAUUUGGUUGAAAAAGAUGCCAAAAUAGGACAAACAGACAAGAAUGGAAGGACACCUUUGGAUCUAGCAGCAUUCUAUGGAGACUCAGAUAUUGUGCAAUAUUUAGUGGAGAAGGGAGCCAUAAUUGAGCAUGUUGAUAAUAGUGGAAUGCGCCCACUGGACAGAGCCAUUGGAUGUCGAAAUACAUCAGUGGUAGUCACCCUGCUUCGAAAAGGAGCCAAGCUAGGAAAUGCAGCAUGGGCCAUGGCUACUUCAAAACCUGAUAUUCUGAUUAUCCUUCUACAGAAGUUAAUUGAAGAAGGAAACAUCAUGUAUAAAAAAGGGAAGAUGAAGGAGGCAGCACAGCGGUAUCAGUAUGCCUUAAGGAAGUUUCCACGAGAAAGUUUUGGAGAAGAAAUGAAAGCUUUCAAUGAACUCAGGGUUUCCUUAUACCUGAACUUAUCAAGAUGUCGCAGAAAAACUAAUGAUUUUGGCAUGGCAGAGGAAUUUGCUACCAAGGCCCUUGACCUCAAACCCACAUCCUAUGAAGCAUAUUAUGCUAGGGCAAGAGCCAAGAGAAACAGCAGGCAAUUCCAGGCAGCCCUCUCAGAUUUGCGGGAAGCCAUAAAGUUGUGCCCUGGAAACCAAGAAAUUAAGAGACUGCUAGCUCGAGUUGAAGAGGAGUGCAAACAGCUCCAGAGAACGCAGCAACAAAAGCAGCAAUGUUUUCAGGCGAUGCAGCCGAGCAAUGACUCUGACUAUGAGGGUGAAGUACUUGUGCAGGAUCACUUCAGCCUGGAAGAGAUAAAAGAGGAGGAAUUUUUAUGUGAACAGGAACCUGGUCCAGCUAGGCCAAGAUUGCCACUUUCCCAGGCUUCUUUAUCUUGUAGCAGAAACCCUCAGGAAGGUACCCAGCAGAAAUUUAGGCCUGUAUCUCCUCCAAAUAGAGCCAGCGGUGCAUACAUGCGAGAGCCUGGCUUGUCUGUGCAGCCCACGAAACAAGCUCAGAUAGUAAAAACCAAUCAGCAUCUGAAUUCUGCCCAGGCUGGAGCAAGACCUAGUUCUAGUCAGACUGGCACAAAGAUUCAGCACCUCCAGUAUCUUCCUCCAAGCCCUGUGACUUCCAGACACCAUAUGACACCAAACAAUAAAGCACAGCAUUUAGAUGGGGCGCACACAGUGUCAGCAAGCAGUAGCUGUGCACUUUUCAAUGAAAGAUUAGCAGCUGGCCAGGUUCCCUACUUGCAGCAUUGUGACAAAGGAUCUUCUUUCAUGAGUAAGUCCAAAACACAUGAAAAGCUAGCUGUGCAUCCUCCUCCAUCAUUAAGUCAAGGAACUGGUGAAUUAAGGCAGCAAAGUAGUGCCAGUUUACUGUCUGUCAACUUGGCACCUUCCAGCUCAACAAGCAGUUUGUCAUCUAGCAGCAGCUUUUCUGAGUCCAUGGCAGGACAAAAUCUCGACACUCGACUCAAGGAGAACAAAGCUGGGCUUGGUCAGAGUGGACCAGCCGAACACCGGUCCCGCAGUAUUCCGUUCAUGGGGAUCAUGGAUAAAACUGUACGCUUCCAACAGCAGCAGAUGAACCCCUUAAAUCGCAGUUGGCACAGCCAAGCUACAGAAGGGGUCCUGAAGAGUUCUGGGACAACUUUAUCUGCAAGCUGUGAGUUUUCUUCCAAAACAGCAGCAAGCAACUCUGCAAAUCAGGGUUCAUCUUUCUCUCCCUCUUCCCUAAUAGGAGACAAUCUUCAAAAUGGAACUCAAUCUAAAGAACUGGAGGAACUAAAGCACCAAGCAUCUGCCAGCUCUCAAGAUAACAGGAUAGGUAAGCCAGUGGCUCAUUUAUAUCAGGAAGCUCUCUCCAAACAGCAUUCUCAGCUAAGCAAAGACAUUCAUUCAAGUCACAUCACUUCUACAAAACCAAAGCGAUCUUUUGUAGAAUCUAACGUAUGAUUCUGUUGCAAAUUAAUAACAGGGAUGAAUCGUGGCUUUUGGUUGUAAAAUGUAUGGCAAUAGUGGCAUAUAGGUUACUGCUAUUAAUCAUAUUUUAGGAAGUGUAUCACAAAAAUGUGAUCUUAUAGCUGCAAUAUGAACAUUAACCCAGCUAUCCUUAUUGUUUUUUGAAAUAUGUUCUUAAGGUCUUUGUUAACACAGUUGAAACGUUCCAUCAUUUAUGCCAAACCUUGCAAGUCUGGAUUUACGCAGCCUGCGGCAGUUAUAGCAAACUAAUUUUUCUUUUUAAAAAAUUCUUUUUAAAAUCUGCAGUCCUGAAGCUGCAGUGGUAUAUACAGUCACUGGGGACUAAGUCUCAAUGAACAUAAGUAUAAUUUACUUCUCAGACUAUAGGAUUGUGUUGUAAAACUCACUUUGUUUGGUCAUGUAUAUUGUUUAUUGUUUAAAGUUUAUUAAUUGGUUCCAGAGGAUGGAACCCAGAGAACCUUUACUUUUGUCAAUGAGUAUUUUCUUAGAAGGAAGAUUGACUGUUAUUCUCCCACUUUUAUAAACCUGGCAAAUAUAACUUAUAUCAUCUCUACAAAUAUUUCAGCAGUGAUAUUUUAUUCCAUGCAAUUAAGGCUGUCUAUCAUUAUUGCAAGGCAAGAAGUAAAAUUUUGCAUGCAUUUUAUUCAACAUCUUUGUUAUUGCACUGAGUCAUAUGACAAGUUAACAACAUACAAUCAGCACUUUACAUAGUUUAUCUAAACAUCUUUUGAGGUGUUAUAUCAAAAAAAACAAAGAGAAAUACAAGUCAUAGAGUAUUUUUAUAGAACAUCUAAUAUCUAUCUGAGGGAGAAGCUUACAUAAAGGCCAUUGAUACUUUCCUCAACAUGCAGUAGGAAAUUUCUAUUUAAAUUACAAAUUGUUCUUGAAGAGGCACAUUUGUAAGGAUGUUCCUGUAAGUAAUAAAGGCUGGUUGUAUAAGCUGGAAAAUUCUGUAGCCCCUUUAACAAAUUAUUUCCAUAUGUACAGAAUAUAUGUUACGUUACAACAACUUCACACAUUUUUUUUAAAAAAAGCAUUAAAAAGUCUGUUUUGGAAUGACUUAAUCUAUUCUGUAGCUUAUUUAUUGUUUAUCUUGGUAUUUGUACAAUCUUAUUCUCUUGUUCUGUAGAUCUAUUUUUUGCACAGCUACUGUAUUUUUCUCUUAUUAAAUAAAAGAUUAUUAAUAUA